GUAUCACGAAGCUAAUUUUUUUUUUUAUGGAUACAUAGUUGUCUGCAGUUGAAUUGACUGUUCUUAUUUCUUAAACACAUUGCAAACUGUAAGUUUGUCAAAUUUUGUUUAUUUAAUAUUUUAUCUACGUACACAAAUAAUAUAAGGGCAUUGUUUGAAUUUUUUAUUUUGUGUUACGCAAACGCCAAACAACACAUUUUUUUAUUCGUUGUUAUUUUUGUACGUUUUACAAAUAGUUUAGCUUCGAAAUGAGCAAUAAUAAAUCAGCAUUAUUUGCUUGCUCGAAGUGUUUCAAACGGUACCCGUAUGAAGAUUUAUCGUCAGGACAACAGCUCUGCAAAGAAUGUCGAGGAUCAUACCCUGUAGUCAAGUGUACUUAUUGUCGGUCCGAAUUCCAACAGACUGAUAAAUCAAACACAAGUACAAUUUGUAAAAAGUGUGAACAAUUUGUGACUCAAUAUGGUAGACCAACAGCCUGUAGUUACUGCAACAUAAUAGCUGCAUUUAUUGGUCAAAAGUGUCAAAGAUGUGCAAAUUCUGAACGCAAGUAUGGGCCACCUGUAACUUGUGAUCAAUGUAAACAAAAUUGUGCUUUUAAUAGGAAAGAUAUGGACUGUGAAUUGCUUGAUGGAAAAGUAUUAUGUUGGUUAUGUACUUUAUCAUUUAAACGAGCUUUAGCCAAAACAAAAAAAACUGACGCUGAAAUGAAGUUGUUAGUAAAAAAACGUGAUGGGUCAAAAAAUAGGAAAACUAAACAUGCUAAUGUAAUGAAAGUAAUUGAUGAUAGUGGUCCAGAUUUUGCUUUGCCUCCACCUUCAAAAAUGCAUCGAAAUUCUCAUAGGCAUGUUGAUGUAAAUUCAGAUAACGUAGUUGUUAUUACUGACCUUAAAGAACAAAUAGCCAUGUUACAAAAGCAAUCUAAUCAAAAGAGUUGUCAACUAUUAAAUAAAGACAAAUUUAUUACUGAAUUGAAAGCCAAACAUUUUACAACCGAAAAUGAAUUGCGCACUAAAAUGAAUUCGGACAAAAAGGAGUAUAGUAGAGAAGUAGAAAUGUUACAUAGUAAAAUCAAGUGUUUGCAGAAAGAGGUAGCUACUUUAUCAAAAAGUGGCGGUAAACGUGGAGUACAUCUUCGUAAAGAAAAAGAACAUGAUAGUGGUAGUGGUACUGAUAGUCCAUCUGUAACAUAAUUUUAGUGUUGUAAAUACUACCAAGUCAUAUUAUAUUUGGUAUGUACUUUGUGAUUUAUUUAGUGAUACACAAUUCUUUUAAUUUAAUCAUUGUAUAGAUAUAAUAAAUUUAUAUUAUAUAUACAAUUCUAACCUACUUUCAAAGUUAACUGAUUAGUUAAUUAUAAAUUAAUCAUACUUUAAUUUUGUCUGAAUACAAUUUCCUUUUACUCCUCUACAUUUAAUAAUUGCUCAUCUGAAAUACUGUUAAUAAGUAAUUCUAUAUCAUAAAAAAUUACAUAUAUAUGUAUUUGAUUUUCUCUCCUUUUUUUUGACUUUAAAAUUAGUAAUCAUAAAUAUUUUUUUAUAUAAUGAAUGUUUUUUUUUAAUUUUAAGUUAUUUUGAACCUAAAAUUUUAGAAGUCUUAAAAUUAACUACUUACCUAUGUUUAAAGCUGGGAACAAUUUAAUUAAACAUUUUUUUUUAUAUAUAUGUAUAAAUAUAUUUGUGUAUUGUCUAUGGCCAAAUUAAUACAAAAUAGAUUUCCAUUAUCUUAUGAUUUUUAAUUUAUCCAUUAUUGUAAUUGUAUUUUUAAUUAAAUUGUUCUAGAACAAUAUUUGUAAUAAAAAAAAAAUGUGAUUUAAAAAUACA